CUGUCACCGCGAGACUCCCGGGAGCGAGCACAGCGUCAUGUGACGUGAAGGCGGAAGUGCUCACAUAAACAGAAAACUAGCAUAAAAAAGAGAACUCUGUAUUUAAAAUUUGAUCAUUUUGCAAUUUGUUAUCUCAACAUACAGCAUAUAACUGCAUGGUGAGACAUGUCUUCAAGCCACACAAAGGAUGCCAGCUUUUUGGGAGGAAGGAUACCAGCAGAAAUCGAGUCAAUGUCGAAAAACCUGAAGGAUGUGGACCAAGAGUUGUUCAGAAAAAUACUAAAAGCUGUGGUCAGCGCCCUGGAGGGGAAGGACAGCAGAGAGGCGAUGAAGUCGAUAGCAGAGAGCAGCAUCAUCCCCCAAGAGAGGCUCAGUCACAUUGUAGCUGGGAUGUACAAAGUGCUGUCUGAGGCCAUCCGGAUCCCCACAUCAUCUCUGAAACAGGAGGCCUUCAGAGAAGAUCUUAGAGAACUGAGGAUACCUGAAGACUUUAUCACAGAUUUCUCCAGUGUGGUUUUUGGCAACAGGCGUGCAGCUCUUGAUGCAGCGACCUCUCAGAAUGAUCCUCACCUCCCCACCGUAGAAGACUUUAAAUGGAGAGUAGAUGUUGCCAUUUCUACAAGCUCUUUAGCCAGAGCCCUGCAGCCUUCUGUUCUGAUGCAGAUGAAACUAUCAGACGGGAGCUUUCACCGCUUUGAGGUGCCUGUGUCUAAAUUCCAGGAGCUACGUUACAACGUGGCUCUGAUUCUCAAAGAGAUGAACGAUCUGGAGAAGAGGAACAUUCUCAAAAUACAAGAUUGAUGGCCUGUUAUCGAAGGAAACUGUCCUCUCUACGUAGUUUUUGGGAUGUAGUGGAGUUUUGUAAAUUGCACCGAAUGCCACUAAUUCUUUUUAAAUCAUUUUUAAUAUGAUAUUAUGAAAGAUAAGAAUAAUCUGCCUGUCGUGACGUUAUGAUUUGAUGGCGUUGGCAUCCAACAUACUUGACUGCUGACAGAGGGCAAAAUGAUAAGAAUAGUUAGCCGGCUGGCUGCACCACAGGAACACCUAAUGACCAUGAAGAUAAAGAGACUCACUGUCUUUAUUUAAAAAGAAAUCUAUAAAAUCAAACUGCAUCACUCUUUUCGUUGCCUUGUGAUAAACUGUACAUAUUAGCAUUAUUAUAUUCAGUGGUUGUCGGGAGAUGUUAGACGGCUACAAAGCCUCCAUUGUGCCAAAAUACAAACACAGUCAAGUGAGGACUCAGACUCUCUCUUACUAAGUAUCCACUUUAACUGGUGUCAUGUGAUCUGAGACUGAACAUUUUGUCCACAUGCUUCUGAAACAUGACAAUGUGCAAAUCAAAGAAUGAACCAUUUUUUACUCAUGAUCUUAUGCAUGUAAUUCAAACCAGUGACAGAACACAAUGUUUACUUGUCUUUUGUGUUGUAGCACUAUUGUAUAAAAAGCUAAAUGAUGAGUUAUUUUGUAUGUUUGCCAUAAUAGCAUCAAGACUUUUUACCUCUUGAACCACAUUUCUCUAAUAAAAUCUGUCCAUACCUGUA